GAUGCUUUUCGGGACGCCAAAGCAAAUGGUUUUAAUGUGACGGUUAUCAAGAAAGGGCAGCUGCAGCUCAAUGUGGACCAGACAUUGGAAGAGGUGGAGGAAGCUAUCACGGAUAUUGGAAGUAAGAUAUACCAUGACAAAAUCAUGCGUGAACGCUCUUUGGAUGUAUCUACAGUAAUGAAGGGUCUAUUUGGUACUGGAAAACCUAUGAAGAAGAGGAGGAGGUCACGGAAGAAGCUAAAAAAGCCCAGUUCUAAAUAGCUGUCUUCUCAGGAGGAACUUAAAGGCAGACUGGCAGAGGCAGCCCCUGUUAAUUGAUUCUUCAUUACUGAGGAAAUGUUAUGUACUUUGAGAAAUUAAAAAGAGAGCUCUAAAUCGGUUUCUGUUUUUUCCUCCAAUUGGACGCUUUUCUUAUGUUCCCCGAGGUUGAGCCUGUUUUUUAGUCAAAUGGGAGAUCGUGAGGGCGUAUUUUCAGCUGCUGAGUAGUUCCUCAACCUUUGACAGGCUGGCUAUUAUGGGAACUCAGUUGCCUAGUUUCUAUUAGUCAAUAACGUUAUAUCAUGGACCUAGAGUCGUUCUAAACACAACGUACUGCAUGUGGGGGGGUGUUCACAGUUAGCUCAGAUGGUACCGCUCUUUGAAUUGUGAUGGGCAUUUGAAAUUUGAGCCUGAAGCAACGAGUUGAAUAAGGUGACCCUUGUUCAUUAUCAUUUGUUUCUUCCCCCGGUAAAGGUGCUCAAAGAUGAGUUCCAUAGUAUAUAUUCAGUUGCUGCAAUUAUCCUAGAAUGAAUAAUUAGGAAUCCUUCCGCAGCUUAAAGACUGCAUGGAAUUUUUUUUGUAUUUAUGAUGGUUUAGUGACUUCCCUCUGUGCAUCUCUAGACACCUCCCUGAUGUGGAUGUUUGUGUAAUUAUAUCAAAACUGUUAAAGCACUUCUCUGAAAAAUCACAUUAUUAAAAGUAGAAAGUUUACUGUGAUUUAGAGGUCUGUGUUGACUCAGUUUGCA